AUGUCUUACAACAACGAUAACGACCGCUCUUACGGCUCUGGAGGUAGCGACUCCUACGGUUCGUCUGGUCGCGACAAUGACAACUCCUACGGAUCCUCCAACCGCAGCGGCAACGACUCCUAUGGCUCGAGCAACAAUGAUUCAUAUGGCUCGUCCAACAAGGACUCGUACGGUUCUUCCAACCGCAGUGGCAACGACUCGUAUGGAUCUAGCAACAAUGAUUCCUACGGCUCCUCCAACCGCAGCGGUAACGAUUCGUACGGCUCUUCCAACAAAGAUUCGUAUGGCUCGUCUAACCGCAGCGGCAACGACUCUUACGGAUCGUCCGGCCGUGACAAUGACAACGAUAACUCGUAUGGUUCUUCUGGCCGUAGCGGUAACGACUCCUACGGCUCCAGCAAGAAGGAUUCCUACGGCUCUUCUAACCGUGACGACGACGACUCCUACGGCUCCAGCAAGAAGGAUUCCUACGGCUCUUCUAACCGCGACGACGACGACUCCUACGGUUCUUCCAACCGUAAGACCAACACCUAUGGAUCGUCUGACAACAGCGAUUCCUAUGGCUCCUCUGGCCGCGGUGGUAACACCUCUUCCUACGGCUCUUCCGGCCGUGACAAUGACAACGAUAACUCGUACGGCUCCUCUGGCCGCAGCGGUAACGACUCCUACGGCUCCAACAAGAAGGAUUCCUACGGCUCUUCCGACCGUAACACCGACUCGUAUGGAUCUAGCAACAACGAUUCAUAUGGCUCCUCCAACCGCAGCGGCAACGACUCGUACGGCUCAUCCAACAAUGACUCCUAUGGCUCGUCCAACCGCAGCGGUGGUGAGAGCACCUUUGGAAAGGUCCUGGAGAAGGCUGGUGACCUGUUGAACAGCAACGAGCGUGGCCAGGAGCGACGUGAUCGCUCGGAUGACUACUAA